ACUACGUUUGGUGACUCAUGGCACUUCUUCCCUCACUUGCAAGGAGGCUUCAACGAACACAUCCGCACCUCCUCCAAGCUCUCUUCAUACUCCGCCCUAUAACUCUCUCACCCUCUUCUUCUUCUUCACAACACCCAUUCCUCAAUUGCCUCUCUUACACAUUUCAUCGAACAUGUUUCGUACCCUCUCCACAGACGCUCACGCACCGGUUCUCAACCCUCCAACCCUUCUUACCUCGAAACCCCGGAUACCCAUUUGACUUCCACAAUUACAAAUUCCAAACCACCCAUGACCCGCACAACCUGGGUCUUCUCCGAUUCCUCGAAUUGCUCAGAGGAGCCUCCCAGUGUCCCUCAGAGGCAGAGGCCAUGGCCUUUCUUGACGACUCAGGCAUCGAAGCGGAUACAGAAAUGGUCUACUCGGCGAUUUGGGAAACCAGGGAAGAGUGGAGACUGGCUUUUUUGGCUUUUAAAUGGGGAGAGAGAUGGAGCUGCAGUGAUGAAAAAGCGUGCAAUUUGAUGAUUUGUGUUUUAGGCAAUCAUAGAAAGUUUAAUACUGCAUGGUGUUUGAUUCGGGACAUGCAUAUGCACCGGUCUAAAAUGGAUACUCGGCAGGCAAUGCUUAUUAUGAUUGACAGAUAUGCAUGUGCAAAUGAUCCAUGCAAGGUUAUUCGGAUGUUCCACAUCAUGGAGACAUUCAGACUGACCCCUGAUCAGGAAGCAUUCCACACUGUUCUGAAUGCUCUCUGUAGAAAUGGAAACAUUGAAGAGGCUGAAGAAUUUAUGUUUGCAAAGAAGAAGUUAUUCCCACUGGAGACUGAGGGUUUUAACAUUAUUCUCAAUGGGUGGUGUAAUAUAUCUCUCGAUGUAUUUGAAGCAAAGAGAGUUUGGAGAGAAAUGUCGAGAUGCUGUAUUACACCAGACGCAACUUCUUAUACCCACAUGAUUUCCUGUUUCUCAAAGGUUGGGAAUCUCUUUGACUCACUUCGACUAUAUGAUGAAAUGAAAAAAAGGAGUUGGGUCCCAGGCCUUGAAGUUUACAAUUCUUUAAUAUAUGUACUAACUUGUGAGAAUUGCUUUAAGGAAGCUCUCAAUAUCCUGGACAAAAUGAAAGGAUUGGGUUUGCAACCGGAUUCUGCAACUUACAACUCAAUGAUACGCCCUCUGUGUGAAGCGAAAAGGUUAGAGGAGGCAGUAAAUAUAUUGACCACCAUGAUGGACGAGAAUCUCAGCCCUACCAUGGAGACCUACCAUGCAUUUCUUGAGGGUGCAGGUUUUGAGGGAACAUUUGAAGUUCUCAACCGAAUGAGGAAAGUUGGUUUAGGUCCUACUGAGGAUACCUUUCUUAUACUUCUUGGAAAGUUCUUCAAACUAGAGCAACCUGAGAAUGCAUUGAAGAUUUUCAUGGAAAUGAAGCAGUAUGAAGUAGUGCCGAGUUCCACGCAUUACUCGGUGUUGGUACAAGGGCUUGCAACAUGUGGCUGGUUGAUCAAGGCCAGGGAAUUCUAUGCUGAGAUGAGAGCAAACGGAUUUUUGGAAGAUCCAAAGCUUAAGAAGCUCUUACAGGAACCAGUCCGAGGCAGUACAAAUAAAGGGAAACAGCAGGUCCAACGGGGCAAGAGAGAUGGGAGGGUGAAUCAUCACCACCAAUCAAGAAAGAGGAAGAAAUCAAUCCGAAAGUCAAAUUUGGAACUUUAAUUGGAUGCAAAAAGAGCAUGGCAGGUUAUCUGUGCAAGUUAGCAAGACUAUGAAGAGCUAUAGCUGCUUGUACAUAUUGAAAGAGUGACAGAAGAAGCUCCUGGUUCAAGAGUUUUGCUUUGGGAAACCUUAUGGUUCAUGCCAUCUGGUUUCUCACUUCUCGAUAGCCUAAAAAUCAAUUUGGCGUGUCCUGAGAGAAGCAACUUUGCCAUUUCCAGUCAGGAAAAAAUCUUUCAUAGUGUUCAAAUAUCUGGGAGUCGGUGCUUUCAAUUUGUUGCCAUGGUAUGCUUUUAUUUGAUCAUUGUGGUUCAUGUGAUCCGUUGGCAAUUGGUUCAAUAACAUAAUCCUUUUUGUCUUGGGUU